UUAACUGAAAUCAUAUUUUUUAACGAGAGUGAAAACGUUAGGAGCAGUGUGACUGUGUUGUGCCCCUCUUCAGCAGACUCAUGGGAUCCACUUGCAGUGCCGUGUACCCAUCAGAAUCUGUGAGCACAUCAACGUUUCUAACGAUACUGUCAAUGAUUUAGUAGUAUGGCCCCACUCACACUCAAUUUUCUUUAAAGCUAUCUAUUUAAACGCAUCCUUUCUCUUCUUUUCUACCAUCUUCAUCACACUCUCCAUACCACAAACCACAUUACAUGCCAUAACAUACCAUACCUACUUUUUCCCUUUCUAAAUUUCCAAACAUGAAGAACACAAACACUACUGUCACUGCUUCAUCAAAACUUGACCGCAAAACCAUUGAAAGGAACCGCAGAAUCCACAUGAAAGCUCUCUGCUUCAAGCUUGUUUCAAUUAUCCCUUCCAAGUACCUCAAACCCACCAAGGACAUGCUUUCCCAGCAGGACCAGCUCGAUCUUGCAGCCACGUAUAUAAAGCAUCUGAGAGAAAGAAUAGAGAAACUGAAGGGGGAGAAGGAGCAAGCCAUGAAAAUAAUGAGACCAACCCAAACCAAUAAUAACGGGAUUUUCAAUAUUGACUCUGAGUUGCCUCUCCUUGAGAUAAAGGAGUUGGGUUCGGGCAUUGAAGUGAUGUUGAUAAGUGGGGUGAAUAAGAACUUCAUGCUCUAUGAAGUAAUUAGUGUCCUUGAGGAAGAGGGUGUUGAAGUUGUCGCUGCCAACUUCUCUACUGUUGAUGAUAAGAUCUUUUACACAGUUCAUGCUCAGGUUAAAAUCUCAAGAGUUGGCGUUGAGCCAACGAGGGUAUAUCAAAAGCUUCAGGAAUUGAUUACACCACUAGAAAGCUGGUAGUACAUAUCGUGAUGCAAGGAAAAAUUAUUAAAGUCCAUUAUCAGUGGCCAAUGAGAACAUGACAUUAUGCAAUGGGAGUGGUUAUAUAUGCACAUCAAUAGCACCUUAAUUAGUGAAGCGAUAUCUCAAGUGUUAUAGUGGAUUAGGUUACAUAUGUUUUAGGAAAAUUCAUCACUUCACGUGUUAAGAUAAUGUGUUACUACUUUCAUGUGUUCAGCAGUUCUUCUCAUGUUCAGAUGUUACCACUAAUUUCAUGUGUUUGAUUGGUUUAAUCUUGAACUUUAAAUGAUUUAUAUUACUCUCCAAUGGUCUAGCUUUAUUUAUAUCAAAUUAGUUGAUUAACAGCCAUUUAUUUCCCACCAAACAUAAUGCAUCCU